GGCUCUCACGCGGCGUGCAUGGAAGCCUGGGAUUCGAAUGUGCGGUUCCGACACUUAACAUUCCCCGCGGCCCUCCGCCUUGCGGCGAGGCUGGCUGAGGGAACUACAUUUCCCAGCAGGCCCCGCGAGGGCGCGCAUGCCCAGGGGCCGGGAGAGGUGUGCGGCUACAUCUUCUGGCACCUUGACCCGGAAUGGCGAGCGGCGGCGUCCCGGAAGACUUGGCGGGCCCGGGGCGUGGGGUCCUGGGCGCUGUGCGGGGUGAAGCCCUCGCUGUUUGUGAAAUGCUGGCCUGAGACCCGGAGUCCAGGCAUGGAAUUCCUGACAACCCCCCGACCUCCUCCAGGGCCUCCAGCCAUGGACUUGGAGGAGCCCAGGGACACACUCGUGCUGUCUCAGGACCUUACCCCUGGCUGUCAGUGGGACCCAGUGCCCAGAGGCCCUAGCAGCCUGAGUCAGAUGGAACUCGACGGGCCGAAUAUUCAGGAGCUGGUGCAACAGUUUGAGGCUCUGCCGGGUGAUCUGGGGGGCCUGUCCCCAGAUGGGCCCCCUUGCCCCCUGCACAUUGCCACCGGCCAUGGCCAGGCUCCCCAGGAUUUGGCCGAUGCCCAUGGGCUCUUGUCUGCCGCGGCGCCGUGACGAUUUUUUUUUCUGGAGGAGUGUCCUUCUUCCCAGUCUUGUCCCAAGGAGCCUGCAGACCCUGCUCCUCGCCUGUUGCAGCCCCCUGAGGACCCAGAGGGGGAUACUGGCCCCCAAGAAUGGGGAGAGGGAGCCUCUGCCAAGAGGCAUGGCAGCAGAAGCUCAAACAGCUCCCCGGAACCCUGGCUGGAGACGGUCCCUCUGAUUGCUUCCGAAGAGCGGCCGGCCGGUGCCCAGAGCCCCAAGACCGUGGCUUCAUACCCUGCCCUCCAGGAGGUAUCGGGGCCCUGUGAACACGAAGACCUCCUCGACGGUGUCAUAUUUGGGGCCAAAUACCUGGGCUCCACCCAGCUGGUGUCCGAGCGGAACCCGCCCCCCAGCACACGCAUGGCACAGGCCCAGGAGGCUGUGGACCGCGUCAAGGCCCCCGACGGGGAGACCCAGCCGAUGACGGAGGUGGACCUCUUCAUCUCCACCAAGAGAGUCAAGGUUCUGAUGGCCGACUCCCAGGAGGCCAUGAUGGACCACGCCCUGCAGACCAUCUCCUACAUCGCGGACAUCGGCAGCGUGCUGGUGAUCAUGGCCCGCCGGCGGCUGACGCGGAGGCCCACACCCGAGGCCCAGGGCCGCCGGCUCUACAAGAUGAUUUGCCACGUUUUCCACUCAGAGGACGCCCAGCUCAUCGCUCAGGCCAUUGGCCAGGCCUUCACCGUGGCCUACAGCCAGUUCCUGCGGGAAAGUGGCAUCGACCCCAGCCAGGUGGGCACCCAGCAGAGCCCAGGGGCCGCGGGCCCCGGCCACCUCCACAACGGGGACCUCGACCACUUCUCCAACAGCGACAACUGCAGGGAGGUGGUCCUCGAGAAGCGCAAGGGCGAGGGCCUGGGCGUGGCGCUGGUGGAGUCGGGCUGGGGCUCCCUGCUGCCCACGGCCGUCAUCGCCAGCCUGCUGCUCGGGGGCCCUGCCGAGCGCUCAGGGGCCCUCAGCAUUGGGGACCGCCUCACCGCCAUCAACGGGACCAGCCUGGUGGGGCUGCCGCUGGCCACCGUGCAGGCCGCCGUCCGCGAGGUGAAGUCGCAGAUGUUGGUGACCCUCAGCAUUGUCCACUGCCCGCCAGUCACCACGGCCAUCAUCCGCCGGCCCCACGCCCGGGAACAGCUGGGCUUCUGCGUCGAGGACGGCAUCAUCUGCAGCCUCCUCCGUGGCGGCAUCGCCGAGCGCGGGGGUGUCCGCGUGGGUCACCGCAUCAUCGAGAUCAACGGGCAUAGCGUGGUGGCCACGCCGCACGCGCGCGUCAUCGAGCUGCUCACCGAGGCCCACCCCGAGGUUCACAUCAAGACCAUGCCAGCCGCCACCUACCGCCUGCUCACAGGCCAGGAGCAGCCCGUGUACCUGUGACCGGCCACCACCCCACCGCCGUGCCUUGGCCCCCAGCCCCGGGGCCCCGUCCGCAUUGCCUCCUUGGCAAGCCAGGCCCCGGGCAUUUCUUAACUAUGUUAUUUUCUGAUGGAAAAAAAUUAAAAGCUUAUCGAAUGGG